ACGGCGGCGGCCAUGGCCACGCGCUCCCACUGUGCGCUCGCGGCUGCCCUGCUGGUGGCGAUGGCGGCGACGAGCACGCAGUCGCCUCACGGGGAGGGAGAGGGCCGCGUCGUAGACGGCAGGCCCUCCGCGCUCGGCCAGUUCCCACACCAGGCUGUCGUCCUCGCCGACGGCCAGUACUUAUGCGGCGGCUCGCUCAUCACCAGAACCGCAGUCCUCACCGGCGCCUUCUGCACCGUCGGACGUAAGAAGUUUACCAUUAAACUGGGAAGCAUUCAUCGGGAUAAGAACGAGAGCACAUCCUGGAUCGUGGUUGCGCACUGGGCUGCAGCCCACCUGGACUACAAAACGGAGGGCUAUUUGAGCCAUAAUGUGGCUGUUAUAUUCCUGCCCGAGAAAGCUCCUCUCAGCAGUUAUAUUGCGCUGGUGACGUUACCAUCCUUCAGUGAGGUCAAUGAAACCUUCGUGGGAAAACGUGCCUUGAUCAGCGGCUGGGGAAGAAAGGGUGACUUUGAGGACCAUUCUGAGACUCUUCAGUAUAAUGAGGUGACGGUUAUUCCCAAUGCAGUAUGCGAGCAGAAGUAUGAACCAGGAUUCAUUCUUGAAAGUACGCUGUGUGCCGGAAACGAAAACAGAGGCAUUUGCAGUGGCGACCAUGGCGGACCCCUUGUCCUCAAGUCCAAAGAUGGCUACAAGCAGAUCGGCAUUGCCAGCUUUUACUAUGAGAAGUGUGAAGUACCUCUACCUGGUGGCUACUCAAGGGUAACAUACUUCCUCGACUGGAUCACAAGAACUGCUCAAAUCAAUGUCACAUGAGAAGGUGGUAUUGACUGUGGCACAGUUUCGCCACUAGAUCGCAUUCCAUACGUAUUUUAAUUGCAAUGAAAAAUGUCAGAACAGAACACUUAAUAAUGGCCAAAAUAUACGUUCUCAGACCACUGUCCAACUGCAGGCUACCGUAGCAUAAAUGCUACAUUCAUUUUUCCCUUUUUCAUCUCAUGGAGUAGACUGAAACUCGCUGUCCUCGAUUGUAGCAUACACCAUGUGCUUUAUAUAAAUCAGUUGUUUUUCUCUCUGAAUGUUCCAGCAAGUGACAAUAUGUGAUUAAA